CGUCUUAUUUUCUUUCUUUGUUUUUUCUCACCUUGUCUCUCGCGCUAACGGAACCCUAAAUUCCUGAGGUUUCAUAAAGAUGAUGAAGCUCCGAACAUAUGCCAGCUUUAGCUUGUUUGCCUCAAUUGCAGCAAUUUACCAUGCAUUUCACAGCAGAGAGCAGUUUUACCCGGCGAUGGUCUAUUUGUCUACUUCCAAGAUAUGCUUUGUGCUUCUUUUGAAUAUGGGUUUGGUCAUGAUGUGCACAAUGUGGCAGUUUGUCAAACGUUUGUUUCUUGGUACUCUCCGAGAAGCAGAGGUCGAGCGGUUGAAUGAACAAGCAUGGAGGGAGGUUAUGGAAAUUCUUUUUGCAAUUACUAUAUUCCGACAAGAUUUUUCUGUUACUUCUCUCUUGCAUGGUUUUACCGCUCUUCUGUUGAUUAAAGCCUUGCAUUGGUUGGCCCAGAAGAGGGUUGAGUACAUUGAGACGACUCCAUCUGUUUCUUUAGUGUCCCAUAUUCGCAUGGUUUCUUUCAUUGCAUUCCUUUUUGCGGUGGAUUGCCUUUCCUUUCGCAGCUCUUUUAAGUCAUUGAUACAGGCAUGGCCAGCAUCACUCUCCCUUUUCUUUUCAUUUGAAUAUAUGAUACUGGCGACAACUACAAUAUCGACAUUCUUGAAGUAUGCUUUCUAUGUCUAUGACGUGUUUAUGGAAGGCCAAUGGGAGAAGAAGGCAGUCUUUACAUUUUAUCUUGAACUUGUCCGCGACCUUGUUCACUUGACUUCGUAUAUCUGUUUCUUUCUCAUGAUCUGUGCGAACUACAAUCCACCAUUGCACUUGAUCCGUGAACUUUAUGAGACAUCUCGUAGCUUUAAAAAUCGUAUUUCUGAUUACAUUCGUUACCGGAAAGUAACGUCAAACAUGGAUGAAAGGUUCCCAGAUGCAACACCCGAGGAGCUUAAUGUAAGCGACGCAACAUGCAUCAUAUGCCGUGAAGAGAUGGUCACAGCCAAGAAAUUGCUUUGUGGACACCUUUUUCAUGUGCAUUGUCUGAGGUCAUGGCUGGAAAGACAGAAUACUUGCCCUACUUGUAGAGCUUUAGUUGAUCCUUCUGAAAGUGGGCCAUCUAGAUCUAGCCGUCAAGGAGGUGAGAUUGCAGCAAGCACAUCCAGACCGAAUCCGGAAGGUAGAGCAGCAGGUGAUCACUUAAGCCAGCAUCAAGCUAGGCUUGAAGCUGCUUCCUUCGCUGCUUCAAUAUAUGGGAAGUCAUCUAUUUAUCCUUCAACCAAUACAUUGCUUAGGUCUCCUGAGUAUUCUUUGCUACCUCCAGUAAAUAUUCUGUCUGCAGAUACCUCCUCCCCAGGGUUCAAAGAACAACCUGUAGGAGAGUCUGCAUCUGGACAAUUGCAUCAGCACCAAUUUUCAGUCUCGAAUGUGCAUUCACAUAUUCUCAUGCCUUCUCUGCUGCCUGGUUCUAGUUUUAACUAUGGUGAAAGAGCUCUAGACGAUUCGGAUUUGAAUAAAUCAGGCGCAUAUGAAACUUCUAUAGAGACCAGAAUUGAGGCGUUAAUUAGAGAGAAGCAUGCUCUGCAGCAACAGUUAGAAACAGAGUUGCAAAUUUUAUGGCAACAGAAGGAAAAUCAGUCGAAGGGGACUUCCCUCGAUGACAAGGUAAAGGCUGUCGCUGUUUCUAAUGAGGCAUCAGGUUCUACUACAUCUGCGUCAGGAUGAGGAAUGAAGAUGUUGGUGCAGAGUUAAAUCCACCAUACAAGAGAUUUUGUUGUUGUUAGUUAUCUUUAUCUUUUUAUAGUUAUCAGUUGCAACGAGUAAAGUCAAGGGAAUGAGAUAAUAGGUUUCUCAUUGCAGCAUUAUGUACAUAACCGAAUCUCUUCAUGUAUUCUGUUCUUUGAAUUUUGUUCUUCAAUAUGAAAAGGAGAAGCAUGAUAUCUCAAUGUAAAUAAAUAAAUUCAGACCAGAGGCUUUUUUCUUUUGGGUUAGAGUAAUUACAAUAUAGUCUAUAGGUUUAUCUUC